AUGGUAGAAAGAUUAAUGCAUGAUUCAAUAUACCCAACGACCGAGGAGAAAAAGAUGCUAGCAAUAAAAAUAUUGCUCCAGUUCCCAUUUUUAUGUGCAACAAGAAGAAGUACAGGAGCACCAGAAUACUCCCUAUUUUUCUGGAAAAACGGUGGCCAAGGACCAAAACAUGAACACACCGGAUUAAUUCAUACUCACUUGAGAAAUUCUUGCAAGAAUUUAUUACCUGAACAAAGGAAAUUCACCCAUUCUAAGAAAGUGGUAAAACACGUCGGAGUUUGUACGGAAAUUAUUGACCUAGCUGAAAUGUGCGCAAAGUUUGGAGCUACUUCAGCAAACUAUUCUACUAUUUCGAAAAUGAUGAGUGAUGUUCAUGAUUUGCAUAUGAUGCUACUCAACGAGAAAAACGAUAUGGCUAAGAUACUACUCGUUUUACCACAUUUGACUUCUUACAAUGGGAGAAUGAUUCAUAUGGCAUAUGAGCGCAUCCAUGGUACCAGCUUCAAUCAGAAAGUUGACUUGAGAAAAGUAUUCGCCAAAGGUCUCAUGCACAAUCAGCAUGCUUUUAAAGAAGUUUCGGAUGAUUACAUAAGAGGAUGUCUUCGUAUAAUGAUUAAAUUAACUCGCAAGGGCAUAAAGUAUAAGGAAACAAUGGAGCCGAAUAUUGGUAUAGAAACUGAACUAGCAGCUCCAUUAAUUAGAUGGAUUUCUGACUCUCAAUCGAUCCAGGAUUAUAACGCUCCUGUAUCGCAUAUUUUUUGUCAAAGCGAAAAGUUUUUUGUAUAUCUAUCUCCUUGUGCCAUUAUUCCCUGUGGAAAGGAAUCAAUUAAUGCUAUCGAUACAUUCUUUAGAUCGUUCGCAGUGUUUAAUUUGCGAAUUCCGGUAAAUUUAUUAAAAAUUGCAGAUUUCCUGGACGUGUUUGCCUACAAAAUUAAAUCAUACAGUAAUCGUUCGACCGUACAGAAUUUGUGUUCUUUAUUCAUUGAAAGCGAAAAUGCAGAAAAAUUAUUGUAA